AUGAAACUUUUGGAAGCUGUAUAUUGUGCAACAUAAUUUAAGGCUAGUACGAAGUAAAAUGGAAAUACACAAAGUUGCAAUUAUAAAGAAGAAGUAGAAAUUAAGUCAAUAAAAUCUUUUAUGAUUGAAUUAUGUAAAGUUAUUUGAGUAUUAUAGUUAAACGAUAGAAUAUUGUUACCACCUCGACUAGUGCGAUUUUCUUUCUAUAAACUCUGAUCUAGCUUUAAAAUCCAGCAACUUAAAGAAAAUGGACAUAAUAAAUUAAAAUUAAAAAAAUCACUUUCUACAAGAUUAAAUUAAUCCAGCAACCUCUUGAUCUCUGUGUAUGGAGAAUAGAGAAUUUUUUCACUAAUCUGAAAUAAUUUCCAUAAAAAGAAAAUAAUUGAG